CUUGUGUGAUACAUAUGUGUCGUGUAUAGCUACAUUAUAUAUGAAAUAUUAAUAUAUAUAAUAAACUUUAUUAUAAUAGUGACUUUAAUUGCUACAAUAAAAAUGAAGCAUCUUUUAUUUGUCAUAUUACUUGUGUCAAUGGCAAUUAUGAGUUUUGCCGCAAACCUGAAACCUAUAAGCGAAUGGAGUUAUCUUGAUUAUGAAUGGGACAGUCCGCUAAAGAAACAGGAAGCAAUGGAUUCUGGCAAUUAUAGCCCAAGCUCAGGUGCUUUAUAUGACGUAGACAUGGCACCAGAUGGUAGAAUGUUCGUUACUGCGGUAAGAAAGAAGGGUGUACCAGCUAGCUUAAUGACAGUAACUGAUAAAAUGGGAGAGGGCGGUCCCCUUCUGCGUCCAUAUCCAGAUUGGUCUUGGUAUAAAAAUGACGAUAAGAAUAUGGAUAAAUGCAAAGGCAUUACUGGCGUUUAUGGAAUAUAUAUUAAAGAGAAUUAUCUUUUUGCCUUGGAUUCUGGCAAAAUCGGGGAUGAACAAGUCUGUGACGCACAACUAUUAGUCUUUGAUUUAUCUACUAAUUAUCUAGUUAAACGUCUUAUUAUUCCAUAUGAUGUCGCUAAUAACAAAAAUGGCACUGGAUUGUUGACGACAGUUACUGUUUUCGUCCCUCAUUGUAAAGAUAUAGAUACUGCAACUGUAUUAAUGGCUGAUACAACAGGUUAUGGUUUAGUGGUAUUCGACAUGCAAACGUCAACGUUCUGUAGGAUAGAAUCCGAUUUCAUGAAACCAACUGAUACCACUUUCGAUGUAGAAAAUAAUAUUCUCUCGGACGAUGGUAUUUCCGGAAUGACAAUCGAUGAUGAAAAAUUAUAUUACGCCGUUUUGUUGGGGAAUGAGAUAUAUAAGAUGAAAAUUCCGCAGCAAUCAGAAUGUUUGUUAAGUGAAAGUGAAGUUGAUAACAAAACAGAACUAGCAGGUAUAUUGUCAGAUCAGACAGGACCAAUUGCAUCCAAAGAUCAUGUAAUAUUUUAUAGCAACAUCCCGGAAACAUCCAUAAUGUGUGCGGACACUUGUAAAGAAAUUAAUUCUAACAACUCGGAGGUCAUCGCGCAAGAUUCCGAAAAACUGCAAUUUCCAACUGGAAUGAAAGUUGUCUUUGAAAAACUAAUAAUGUUGACAAAGAGGCAGAACAUUGAUGGUACAUUAGAGCCAAACGAGAUAAAUUUCCGCGUUCUUUCUAUGGAUAUAGAGGAAAUACGAUACGAGACACAAUGUUUUAAUUCUUGCGGUGAAGAAGAAAAACAUAUGAAAUGCCCUAAACCUCCACAUAAGAAUGGAUCUAAAGAUGGACAUCCAAAAAAUCAUAAGGGUAAAUCUAGACAUGGAUCUUCAAAAAAUCAUAAGGGUAAAUCUGGACAUGGACCUUUAAAAAAUCAUGAGGGCAAAUUUGGAGGUGAACCUUCAAAAAAACAUAAGAGUACAUCUAAAGAUAAAUCUCUAAAAAAUCAUAAGGAUAAAUUUGAUGAAUUUGAUGAUCUGAAAUCUGAUAAAUCUGAUGGUAAAUCUGUUGAAUCUGAUGAAUCUGAUGAUAAAUCUGUUGAAUCUGAUGGUAAAUCUGUUGAAUCUGAUGAUGAACCUUUAAAAAACCGUAUACAUGGACUUAAAAAUAUAUUCCCAAUACCCAGCAAGAAACAAGAAUAAUAAUUCUAUUAAAUAUAUUAAAAAUUAUUUAAAAAUUAAGAAA